UUUUUAAUAAAAAAAAAUUUAAAUAUUAAAAAACAAUAAAAAAACAUACAGCUGCUAGUUAAAAUGGAGUUUAAAAAUCGUAUUUCAACUAAAUUAUGGUGCCUGUUUUUGAUAUUAAGCAUAGCUAGAGUAUGUCAGGGUCAAUUGAUGUGUUAUGUGUGCGAGAAUUGUGCCACAACAACCGCUGAAACAGCACAAUUCGAAUGUAAUGAAGACUUUUUCAAUACUGGCGGAGCAACAGAUUCAUCCGUACAAACGACAACAGAACUACCAAAAACCAGCGCCGGUGUAACAGAAGAUAAUGAUUCAUCAACGAAAGAAGAUACUACACCCACACCUUCAACUAUUACUACCGAAGCAACAACUGAAGCUAAAACUACAGAGACCACUACAGAAGUAACCACCGAAACGGUAACAGAAACUACCACAGAAAUGACAACUGAAAAUUCCACUAUGGAAGAAACUAGCCACGGCACAACAACUACCACAGAGGCACAACCACCAUCACCACCUACAGUAGGACCACCCAUGACUACCACAGCUGUGCCAACACCACCCAAUCCUGGCACUGUCAAACCAUUGGAUGAUGUAGACACCUUAAACAACCAAACUUUAGCUCAUGAACAACAUGUGGAUAAAUUUGAUGUUGAAAGUGUUGAAGUUGAACAUAGCACCACAAAAGCCUACAAACCCUCAGCAGAGUUUAGAGUACGUCAACUGAGAUCGGUCAGUGAUGUAACCUAUCAUUGCUACAAGAUUCAUGCCACAACAGCAAAUGGCACCAUGGUGGUCAAUCGUGGUUGUUCUCGUGUUCAAACCAUGGAAUCCGUGUGCGGCCAAUGGGAGGCCCAGCAUCCUAAUGAACAAAUUAACAAAUGUUAUCCCUGCUCUCGCACCAAGUGCAACGGUAGUUCCGCCCUAAAUGUAUCAAUUACAGCCCUAUUUGUGGCUGUGGUGGCAGUAUUUAUUCAUCGGAAGUAAACAAGAGAGAAGAGGACAACUUUCGUUUUACUUACUAGGCAGGAUUGCAGGAAAACUAUCAUGAUGUUUUCCAAACGUACUUAAAGGGCUUUUAAUCUCAAAGCUUUAAAACAAAGUAUUUUAUUAUUUCUAAAACAGACUUUAAGCAAAAAUACUGUAAAUACCAACUUGUUUUUUUGGCUUUUACUUCCAAGACAAAUUUGUAUAAAAAUUGUAUAUUUUUACAAACCUGUUUGAUCCUUAAACCAAAAAUGUUAUGUCCUUCCAAAAAAAAUUAGAGUAUUCAUUGUUAUUUGUUAAAAAAAAUCCUCCCAUUUUUCAUUCAAACAAAAAAAGAAACGAUAAUUAUUGUAUGAAGCCUUUCUACAAACAAAACUAUUCGAAUUAUUUUAUUUUUUACUUAAAAAUUGUUUUUUUUUAAUUAUAAUUUACUAUAUUAUUACAUUUAGUUGUAUUUUAUAAGUGUAUCGUUAAUCUAAGUAUAACAUUUAUUGUAUAUUUUGAAAUAUGUAAAAAUAAAAAUUUUUAAAAAUAUAAAUAUUACUAAAAAAUCAUUGUAAUGAGUGAUGUUAUAUCCUGGGAACUUCUUACAA